UAUAUAUAUAUAUGCUCAUAGAUUAAGAUGGAAAGAAAGAGUACUGCCUUUUCUGCGGCUAUUCCUGAAUUGAUUGACGAAUAUAAUUAUGCGGAAUGGGCGAUUCGGAUGCGAACCUACUUAAAAGCUCAAGAUCUUUGGAAGGACAUCAUUGACGAUAACGGAAACCCAAUCCCAGCAUUUCUUCAGCAAGAAAACGAACAUGAAGCUAUUAACGAUUGGAGAAGGAGGAAUUACAUGGCUUUACAUGUGAUCCAGAUUUCAUGCGGCCCAGACGCACUUUCCAAGAUUAGGACCAUUAAUAGUUCAGCCAAUACUGCUUGGCAAAUUUUGAAAAAGAAGUAUCAGCUUGAUAUGGGCAGCGUCAACAAGAGCUAUCUUCUGUAUGCGGACUUGUACAGGGCUGUGCUUCGUGGUAGUUGGCCUGUUGCAGAGGACUUUCUUAAUUCUCAACCUGAUGCAGUAAGGCAGGCAAUCACAUAUAAAGGCGAAACGGCUCUUCACAUUGCUGUUGCUGUUGGACAUGCCCAUAUAGUCCAGGAGUUGGUGGGUCGAAUGUCGAGAGAAGACGUCGGAAUUGCAGAUGGUGACGGUUACACAGCUCUAAUGACGGCUCUUGUGUAUGGAAGAUCAGAUCAACUGGUGCAGUAUUUGUAUCCUCUCACUUCGCUGAAUGAUCUGGUCCUUGCAGAAAAAGGUCGCAAGGGAGCUAUGCUUCUUACCCGUGCAAUAUAUACCAGAGAUUUGGGUAACAUUAACGUGCUCGAUCUUUGCUUUACUUACUAUCCAAUUAAUAUUAUUGUCCGUUAUUGCCGAUCAUUUGAACUCUUGUCAUUAUAA